CCCGGUUUCCAGCAGGUGACGCUCCCCACCAAUAGAUGGAGCCUCUCCCCAGGUGCUAGUGGUGUCUGCUCUUAUCAACACCACUCACACUAGUGGAGGAAUUUGUUAAAAAAAAAAAAAAAAAAAACGGGGGAGGAGGAGGCCAUGGCGAUGAAGAACGACGACGAGAAAGACAAAGAGAAGGACGAGGAGGAGGAGGAGGAGGAGGAGGAGGAGGAGGGCCCGACGGGGGUGAAGGAGGAAGAGGUGGCGGCGACGGCGGUGGCAGCGGGGGAGGAGGUGGCCCCGACGGUGGUGGAGGAGGAGAUGACGUUGGGACAGGGAUUUGCGGGACGAGGAGGAAGAAGAGGAAGCGGGGGAGUAGGAGGCCGUGGCAAUGGAGAAGGACGAGGAGAAAGACGAAGAGGAGGAUGACAACAAAGAAGGAGGAGGAGGAGGCGAAGGAGGAGGACGAGGAGGCCCCGACAGGGGUGAAGGAGGAAGAGGCUGCGGCAGCGGCGGUGGCAGUGGGGGAGGAGGUGGGGGAGGAGAGACGACGAGGAUGGGGAGGAGAAUGAGUAGGAGGAGGCCCAGACCAUGGUGGAGGAGGAGGAGUAGUGGGAGGGGGCCGAAGUGAUUGGCCACCCGAUCACUCCACUGACCCUCCCCGCUCUUUUUUCAAUCAAUCAAUCAAUCAACCACCCAACC